CUGUCCUGUGACUUUGCACAAUAAACUGUAAUUACUCUCUACGUUGAAUUAUACUCUCAUUUUCUCCGUAUCAUGUACAUGGUUCUGCAUUCGUGCUUUUAGUUCUGGCUCACGUACGUGGCUCAUCAGACCCAGGAAAAGUUGUCGUCUCCAUUAAUUCAAGGUUAGUGGGGAAAACAGGAUUACAAUUGGUUCCGCCCACGGCCGCUGACGCUCCCGUGUUGUCAAUUCAACUACCGAAACAGGCGCGGUGGGGAUCUUACCUAAAGAUCCUACAGCUGACCAAUCGUUUUUGUGGAAGUGAUAACGAGAAGGUGAUGUGGCGGCGAAAAUUAAGGAAUAGGAGUUACUAAAAAAAAACGUGAGCUGCCAGGAGCAACAGGAGGCGCAAAGCAAACGGCAGUGGUAAAGUUUCAGGAACCGAGUUGGAAGGAGCGGGCAGGAGCUGGGCGCUUGCAGCUGCCAGCGAAAAUGGCAAGGAGGGAAGCGUCAUCACUUCUCCGGUCCGGCAAAACAGGGGGCGAGAGGUGAUGGAAAAACCAGAGCCACAGCAAAAUAUUCCUCAAAAUGGGAAUGAAGGCAGCCCUGACGUUUUCCUAAAUUCAGCCUGCACGACAGUGACUUAGCUAAAUCGAAAGGUUGUCCGAAUUAAAUCCUUUCGGAGCACCAUCCGUAGGCGGCACGAAAUACCUGGAUUGCGCAACGUGGAGCUGAAUUGCAAAACAAAAUCAAGCGCAACAUAUUUUAAAGGACUAAUCUUUGGCGAAUUACAAUGGGAUUAAUAGGUGUUGUGGAUAACGCAGGCAUGGAAUAAUACCUGAGCGCUGAACAUAGUCUUUACCAAACGAUUUAUACAUAAAUCCAAACUGGGGACCAAACAAUUUUGGAGGAAGCUACGAGCCACACCUCCAAAAGUCGGGGAAAUAAACUGCAAUCAACAGCAAUAGCGGCCAAAAAGCGUAACGGUGCAGGAUGGAAGCAAUUCGAGUUGGUUUUGUGAAAGAACUUUGUAGCAGGUGGGGUGAGAGGCUACGUAUGAUUUAAUGUCUAAGCGUCAAAUAACACCGGGCAGUUGCGGUAAGGAAGUUGUAAUUGCGGUAAAACAAUCAUUUUGUAACUAGAGACGCAACCGGCUGGACAUUCAACAGGAAAUUAACACUCAGAUCAGCAGCUUUAGCUUGCGCCCUAAACUGGACACCUCUGCCCUCUUGCUUGGGAAUCUGCACAUCCGCCCUUCGGGUGGUGGGGUUCAUCGUCCUCGUGCCUUCCAGGGGUGGGGUCCUAUUUCCCACGCGCCCACAGGUGUGGGAUUCGAUUAUAUCCCACGCGCCCCCAGGGUCGGGUUCUCUUUCACGAGUCCCCGGGGCUAGGGUUGUGUUCUAUCCCACGCGUCGACGCUGGUGAGAUUCCAGCCUUUCAGUACACCCCCACCCCACAGGGCGAGAGUUUCUUUUCCUUCCCUCGGGCGCCCGCGGGUGGCUUGGAUUGCGUCAUUCCACGCCUCAGUCGGGUGGGCGUGCCCUCGAACUGUGUGCCCAAGGCGGCCACUUUCUGUGGAUCCUGUGAAGCGAGGUGACAGCUCAUAGCAUCUGCUCUUUUCCUGGCAUUGGCACUCCCGGGCUGAGGACUGGACCUGUGGGGCGAACGUCACUUAGAAAUGGGCGUACAAGGGCGGAUUUGAAAUGAUGUGAACUCCUGACUGCACUUGCACGAUGACCCUGUUCGAUGGAAGUCAAAGGAGACAGAUACCAGCACUUGCCAUUGUGAUCUACCUUCUUAUAUUUAUCCGGACCAAAGAGAUGAACGCCUCAGGCAUUUUUUCAGCUCCUGCUGGACAUUAGGAACUUAAGGUACUGCAGGUCUACACCAUCAAUGAGUUUCUCAUUGGCAGAGAAGCCGAAGGAGAUGGACUUGGUGUGGAUCGUCCGGCUGUCUGCAAUCAGAGGAGUCAGUACUCAAAGGCGGUGUGCAAUCUACAAUUACUUAUCUAAGGUUUUACGUAGUCACACAGAGCAAGCUUGUGAUGGCAGUCGUGUAAAGCUGCAUUGUCCUCGAGAUACAACAAUAAGUAUACAGUCAGCAUUUUACGGACGCAAGGUGCCAAGUUCCCUUUUGUGUCCAAGUUUAAAUUCCAGAAACACUGUGGAAGAAAAUUUAAACUGCACAGCACCAACCACUUUACAGAAAAUACUGGACGAAUGCCAGGACCAGCAAUCUUGCCAGGUUCUAGUCAAUAGACAAGUUUUUGGACUUGACCCAUGUCCAGGCACCAGCAAAUAUCUCCUUGUCUCCUAUAAAUGCAAGCCCAAAGAGUACAAAAGCAAAUUAGCUUGUGAGGGCAAGGAACUUAAAAUUCGCUGUAGAAACUCUGCAUUGAUUAAUAUCUAUUCAGCAACAUAUGGCAGAAUGUCAAAUGGAAAUCAUGCUUGCCCAUCAAACCUUAAGUUGCCUAAUAUUGAGUGUUUGUCACAUAGUGCCUUGGAAGUUGUAGCAACAAGCUGUUACGGUAAACAAAACUGUAAAAUUGUUGUCAGCAGCCACUAUUUUGGAGACCCUUGUUUACCUGGAAUGCAGAAGUAUCUCAGUGUCAUCUAUAUAUGUGUUUCCAAAAUGUUGCUACAGGAAGCUGAUCCAAGUUUGUCAGCUCUUCCCCCUUCAUUGGUUUAUAAUAAAAAUGCCAAUAGGUCCUUGGGCCCUCAAGAAUCCAGAUAUUCAAUGAAAGAAGGAAAAAUUGUCAUCAGCACCCUCAUUAUAUUUGCUUAUAUUAGAAGUAACCCAGAAAUGGUUGGUUUGCUGUUUGUAUCCAGUGUAUGCAUUGGGUUAAUCUUCACACUGUGUGCAAUUGUGAUUCAAGUAUCCUGCAGAGUAGACAUGCAAAAAACUUACCACAGGGAAAUGGACUUACCGGAAACAUACCACAGGAAAAUGGACUGUUGUCAGGACAAUAGUGACAUUGAAGACAACAACCACAGUGAUGAAGAUGUAAGUACUAAUGAUGAUGAUGAUGAAGAGAGCUCCUCAGACUUUACUUUUGAAGGAUUAACAAAAUUUUAUGGGACUCCACGAUCUAACAGUGCAGAAGCAGCUGAAAUAGCCGAGAGGAUAGAACGUCGAGACAGGAUCAUACAAGAAAUCUGGAUGAAUGGAGGUUCAGAAGUGCCUGUCAUAAGGAACUUUAAUCAGUAUUACUGAUAACAAAGGAAAUCAAAGACAUCAGUGUGAAUGUAUUGGCAAUUUGACACGAUGGACAGAUUUUGACAUAGUCUUUAUUAUAUUGACAAAGUUAUUUUAAUUUUAUUUCUAUAGAUCCCUCAUUAGCUAUAAGUUCCUUCUAUGAAGGAAAUUUAUGUAAACUGCAUUGUGAUAUUUUUAACAAGGUGAAACAUUAUGACUAGACCUCAGCUUCAGGGACACCACUGUGAAUUCAGCAAGUUUAUGGUAAAUUUAAAAUUUGCAGAACACUGUACACUGGAUCAGACUAGACAUUCUUCAUAAUAAUUCUGAAACAGAGAUGUAUUCUAUUAUUGACCACAUUAGAUUCUUUAGGCUUAUAGUUAUACAUUUCACUCAGAGUCUGAAUAAAGGGAGCAUAAAGGUAAAAGAAAAGAGAAUGGUUUCAAUGUAUCUCCUGCUAAAAAUAUUGUUUGCUCAUAAAACUUAUCACUGAACAGUUUGAAUAUAUCUAAUUGCAUAUAAAGGCAGCAGCCUAAGGAUUUAUUUAUUACUUGGUAUACAGCAUGGAAUAGGCUCUUCCGGCCCUUCAAGCCGCCCCACCCAGCAACCCCCCCCCCCAACUUAACCCUAGCCUAAUUACAGGACAAUUUACAAUGACCAAUUAACCUACCAACUGGUACGUCUUUGGACUGUGGGAGGAAACCAGAGCACCCAGAGGAAACCCACAUGGUCAUGGGGAGAACAUACAAACUUCUUACAGAUAGCAUCGGGAAUUGAACCCAGGUCACUGGCACUGUAAAUCGUAGGGUUAACCACUAUGCUACCAUGCCCAUCCAUCUUCUAGUGUACCCCUGUUGUGUGGAAGUCCAACUUUUCACCAGCUGAUGUGAUGGCAAGGUGGUGCGGGCAUACAUUGCCCACUCCCUGCACAUAUGCCUGCAGAGAAUCUCAGGGUAUGUAUGUGGUGACAUGUAUGUACUCUGAUAUUACAUUUUACUUUGAACUUUCAUGAUAGCAGCAGCUGAUAUUUAAAUACCAGUAUUUGCAUCAUUACAGUUUUACACAGUAAUGAUGCUGAGGCUAAUUCUAAAGUGGAUUGAAUGUGGUGGAAGAAAUGGACAAUUGUUUGAAGGAUUGAGAGUUGAGGAUUACAAGGUCAUAGGAGCAAAAUUAGGCCAUUUGGCCCAUCGAGUUUUCUCCAUGAUUCUGUCAUGGCUGAUUUGUUAUCACUCUCUUAUUAUGCCUUCUCCCCAUAACCUUUGACACCCUGACUAAUCAAGAACCUAUCAACCUCCACUUUAAGUACACUCAAUAACUUGGCUCUACAGCCACCUGUGGCAAUGAUUUCCACAGAUUCACUGCCCUCAGGCCAAAGAAGUUCCUCUUCAUCUCUGUUUUAAAUGGACAUUCCUCCAAUCCAGAGGUUCCCAACCUUUUCCACACCAUGGACCCCUACCAUGAACUGAGGAGUCCAUGGAACCCAUGUUGGAGACCCCUGCUCUAUUCUGAGGCUAUGCCCUCUGGUCCUAGACUCACCAAUAUGGGAAAUAUUCUUUCCACAUACACUCUAUCUAGGCCUUCAAUAAUCAAUAGGUUUCAAUGAUAUCUCACCUUCAUUCUUCUAAACUCCAGCAAGUACAGCCCAGAGCUAUCAAACGCUCCUCAGAUAUUAACCCUUUCAUUCCCAGAAUCAUACUUGAGAAUCUCCUCUGGACCCUCUCCAAUGCCAGCACAUCUUUUCAUAGAUAAGGGGCCCAAAACUGCUCACAAUACACGAAGUGCAAUCUGAUCAAUGCCUUAUAAAGACUCAGCAUCACAUCCUUGUUCUUAUAUUCUAGUCCUCUCAAAAUGAUUGCUAGCAUUGCCUUUGCCAUCUUUACCACUGGCUCAACCUGCAAGAUAACCUAUAGGGAAUCUUGCAUGAAGGCUCCCAAAUCCCUUUGCACCUCUGAGUUUUGAAAUUUCUUCCUGUUUAAAAAAUAGUCUAUACUUUUAUUUUUUCUACCACAGUGCAUUAACCAUACACUUCCCUACACUAUAUUCCGUCUGCCAGUUCUUUAUCCAUUCUCCCAAUCUGUUUAAUUCCUUCUGCAGACUCCCUGUUUCCACAAUACCACCUGCCCCUCCACCUACCUUUGUAUUGUCUGCAAAGUUGACCACAAAGCCAUGAAUUCCAUCAUCCAAAUUGUUGGCAUAUAAUGUGAAAAGAAACAGUUCCAGUACUAACACCUGAGAAACACCACUCGUCACUGGCAGACAACCAAAAUUGGCCUCCUUUAUUCCAAUUCGUUGCCUUCUGCCAGUCAGCCAAUCUUCUAUCUUUCCUGUAAUACUACAGGCUCUUUUCCUGUUAAGCAGCAUCAUGUGCAGCACCUUGUCAAAGGCCGCCUGAAAAUGCAAGUAAACAACAUCCACUGACUCUCUUUUGUUUAGCCUGUCUUAUUUCCUCAAAGAUUUCCAUCAGUUUUGUCAGGCAAGAAUUCCUCUAAUGAAAACCAUAAGGACUUUGGCUUAAUUUAUCAUGUGCCUCCAAUUACCCUGAAACCUCAUCCUUAGUAAUGGACUUCAACAUCUUCCUAACCACUGAUGUCAGGCUGACUGGCCUAUAAUUUCCUUUCUUCUGCCUCCCUCCUUUCUUAAAGAGUAAGUGACAAUUGCAAUUUUCCAGUCCUCUGGAACCAUUCCAGAAUCUAAUGAUUCUUGAAAGAUCAUUACUAAUGCCUCCACAAUCUCUUCAGCUGCCUCUUUCAGAACCCUGUUGUGUGGUCCAUCUGAUCUAGCUGACUUAUUUACCUUCAGACUUUUUAGCUUGCAAAGCACCUUCUCCUUAGUUAUAGCAACUGUACUCCUUCUGCCUCCUGAUGCUCUUGAAUUUCUGGUAUACUGCUAGUGUCUUCCACAGUGAAGACUGCCACAAAGUACCUAUCAAAUUCAUCUGUUAUUUCUUUGUCCCUGAUUACUACCUGUCCAGCAUCAUUUUCCAGCAGUCCGAUAUCCACUCUCACCUCUCUUUUACUCUUUAUAUAUCUGGAAACUACGUGGGGAAGUGGCACUGAAGAGGAGUCAAAACCCGAGUAAAUCAGACAUGAGGAAAUACCAGAGAAGGCAGAUGCUUAAAAAUGGAUCAAAACACAAAAUGUUCAGCAGGUUAGGCAGCAUCUAAACGGACAGUCAGUGUUUUGGCCUGAGACUUUCAUCUGGACUGAAUGAUAGAGUUGAGGGAGAUAGCUAUUCUCCACUCCCUUCUCUGUCACGACCCCACCCCCUCACCUGGAUUGCCUGCCAACUCUUGCUGCACCUUCCCUCCACCUUUUUCAUUAGUUAUCUCCCCUCUUAUCUUUCAGUCCAGAUGAAAAGGCUUACUUGAAACAUCAACUGCCCACUUCCAUCCAUGGAUGCUAUCUGGAACACCGAGUUCCUCCAGUGUUCAUGUAGUAGAUCAGCCAUGAUCUUACUGGUUGGCAGGGCAGGCUCGAAGGGCCUGAUGGUCUUCUUCUUUUGCUAUCUUCUUGUGUUCUUGUGUCAAAAUGUGUCUUUCAAUUUAAGAAAAGAUGAAUACAAUAGUUUAAUCUACCAAAUGGUAUCUUGAAAUAUCUGCCCAGCCAUUUUUGCUGUUUCGUUAGAACACAUGUCAAAAAAUGAACAAUUAAGAUUAUGAAAUCAGAAGACAGCCUCUCCUCUCUUGAUUUUCUACUUUCAAUUACAGUUUCCAGUUACUAGAAAGAGAUCAGUUGAACUGUGUAAAUUUGGAUUUUACCCCAUUCAGCCCCAGCAGGAAACUGGAAAAUGAUACAGGCACCAAUAUUUUCUGUGGUAUUAGUUGAAGAUUAUUUCAGGAAUUGCAUCUAUAUCCAAGAAAUAAUUAUCAUCGAGAAGCAUUGGUACAAUCUAAUAAAAGGACGAUCGAGGGCUAAUUAAAAUCACACUUGACUGCAGCUCCUGAAGAUCCAGAAGGGCUGUAAUAUUCAAUUAAGUUUUUAAAAAGUAAUCAACUGACGGAAUGUCCCUCAGGCUGAGAUGCAAAUCCGUAUUGCAUUCUUUUACCAUGUCCUCUUUUGUUACUUUAAGGUAGGGGUUCCCAUCCUUUCUUCUGCCAUAGACCCUUACCAGUAACUGAGGAGCCUGUAGGCCCCAGGUUGGGAACCCCAAUGGGUUGUAGGUUUAAACAUGCUUUGCAAUUUUUAUGAACUAUGCAUUGCAGCAAUAUCAACAAUACACAUGUGUUUCCUUUAAAAUAUUAGGGCCAUAUUUAAACAUAUCAUUGUUCAUGCAUUUUGUGUGUGUUGAUUGUUCAUGCAAGUUUGCUUAUUGAAGAUAUUUUAAAGUGUUACUGUGAUGCGCUGAUGGUCUCAGGUGAUGAACUACGUUAUAUAUUUUCUUCAUACUAGCAUAGAUUUGUACACAAGUUUUGUAUUACGAUCUUGGAAGGGAUUAACAAUUGGUAUCUUGUUGCCUAAGUUGAUACACAGGAGGAAGAAGAAAGGAAUCACAAACAAAAGUGCGAAUAUUGUGGGCUGCAAUGCCUUGAGUAUCAUUUCAGGUGGUGAGGCAACAUGUUUGGUACUGAAGCAUCCUUCACAUUAUCAACAGCAAAUUUAGCAUUUAUAGCUGAAGUGCCACAAUUCAUUUUGACUUUCAUGCUAAAUGGGAAGACACUUGGUGUCAUCAAAAAUAUAUUUAAAUGUACUUAAGUAGCAUCCCAGCUGUGUGGCAAAUAUUUAAAUAGAGACUGAACAGAUGGACUUCUAUGCAUAAGGCUACAAGAAGUAGGAACAGGAGAAGGCCAUCAGGUUCUUCAAACUUGUCCUGGCAUUUAAUAUCAUUCUGGCUGAUCAAUGCUGGGCGCUACCAAUCUUUGCCAUUUCUUACACCUAUUCCUCAAUCUGUCAAAUAUUUAUCCACCUCCACUUUAAGUGCAUCCAGGAAUCCAACAUCCACCACCUAUCAGGAAUUCCAGAGAUUCACUAUGCUCUUUGAGAACCAAGUUUCUCUGUACCUCAAAUCUAAAUAACCAGCUCUUUAUUAUGAAGUUCUGUCCUCAGUUAAGCACUCUCUUGCGAGAACAUCCCAACAUCUAUCCUUUCAAGCCCCUUUGUGAGUUUGUGAUGGACCCCUCACCCAUUACCCACCUGCUGCUGUCUCUCAACCCCACCUCUCCCACUCUCCCACCUGGGCGACAUUUUCCCAUCAACCCCCUUCACACCUGUUUCUUACCAGCCCCUUCCUCAUGCUUUCCUCUCGCCUCUUUAUGCUGGCCAUCUCCCCUCUGCACUCCCAAUCCUGAUGCAGGGACUAGACCUGAACUGCUGACCAUCCCUUUGCAACCUGACCUGCUGAGUUCUUUCUGAAGUUUUCCUUUUGCGCCAGAUUAUACCAUCUUCGGUAUCUUGAGUCUCUUGCCAUUUUGUUUCUGAGCUGCUGUGCAUUUCCAGAAUUUUCUGCUUUUAAUUUACAGUAUAUUCAAAGAUUCAAGAUUCAAAAAACUUUAUUGUCAUUCUAACCAUACAUCAGCUCUGCAGGGCAGAAUGACACAGUGUUUCUCCGGAGCAGUGCAAUCAUAACAUAACAAACGCAACACUAAAUAAUAAACAACAAUAAAUAGUAAAACACAACAGCCACAUGUCAGUUAAAAUCAAGUUAUAAGUGUCCAGUGCAAGUUAAAAGUGUCCAAAGCAGAGUCAGGUAGAGCAGCUAUUUAGCAGUCUGACUGCCUGUGGGAGGAAGCUGUUCAGUAGCCUUGUGGUUUUAGUUUUGAUGCUUCUGUAACAUUUGCCUGAUGGCAGAAGAACAAACAGUUCAUGGAGAGGGUGUGAGGGGUCUUUAAUGAUGUACCGUGUCUUCUGGAGGCAUCGACUCUGAAAGAGGUCUUGGACAGAAGGUAGGGAGACCCCAAUAACCUUCUCUGCUCCCCUAACCACCCUCUGCAAGGCUUUUUUGUUGACAGCACUGCAGCUGGAGUACCAGGUUGUGAUGCAAAAUGUCAGCACACUCUCAACCACGCCUCUGUAGAAUAUUGUUAUCCUGCAGUUGUUUGAUUUAGUCUGUUUGCUGCUGACAGAGACGGUUAAUAUUUUGCCCCAGCUACACAAAGUUGGUUAGGGGAAGUUAAAUAAGCAUUCUUUUUUUCUAAAUAUUAUACACUAACUCUCACUUUAAAAAAGUUAUCUGUGGAUAAGGGAGCAUAUCACUUCCAUCGUAACUACGCUACAUUAGCAUCAUGUAUCUUUUAGAAUUGAUUCUAAAGUUCUCUUAACAUGAUUUUAAAGCUCUCAAUGGUCUGGGACCAGAAUAUAUCACAGAAUCACUUGCAUUUUGUAAUCCUGCUCAAUGUCUCAAGUCUUCUUCUGCCACUCCCUGAAGUUUGAGUUAUCUCCCUUAAUAAAAAAUUGACAGGUCAGCCUUUUUUUAAAAAAGAAACUACUCUCCUAUACUGUGGAAUUCAAUACCUAAACCCUUAAGAGUUGCAGACUCAGUUGACACUUCUAAACACCAGCUCAAAACCAUUUUAUUUAACCUUGCUUUUAGCUAACAUCAUUUUGUCCUUUAUUUUUAUAUUUGCACUUUAUCCCAUUGUAAAGACUUUUCAAUGUUGUUUGUAUGAAAAAUACUCUAUAAAUCGUUACUAUGAUGAUGAUGAUGAUUAUUAUUAUAGGUUGAUUUCUGUGAUCAAUGUGGUUAAUGAUUUGAUAUUAAUUCAGGAAUAUUGGCUGUGGCUGAUUCCUUCUGGAGCAGGAGUUCCCAACCUGGGGUCCACAGACUCUUCGGUUAAUGGUAGGGGUUUUACAGCAUAAAAAAGUUUGGAAUCCCCUGCUCUGGAGAAAUCAUGAUGAUAAAAAGACUUAUGGAAUAUAAAACAAAGCAGGUAGAAUUUAGAAGUCAAGUGUCACCCAUGGAGAUCAAAGUUUUAUGUAGACAUUUCAGGUAGAGGCUCUUUAUCAGAACUUUGUACAACUUUUGCCUCCACAGAUGGUGCUGAAGUCUUCCACAACCCUGUUUUAGUGUUCCACAUUUUAGCAUGUGCAGUCUAUUUUCCCUUUAGAUGAAAAUUCACCAACUUUCAUACAUACAGAAACUUAAAGUGCAUUAAAAUUCCAAGAUUUGAAUCAUUGAUUUCACUACAAAUCCAAUACUGCUUUCUGUAUUUAAACCAUUUAACAGGACAGGUCAAGUUAAUAUGAUUUUGGAAGAAAUGCUGACCAGAAAAAAAUCUUGAAUUUGCUUAUUGUAUGACUACAUGCAUGGCAUGAGAAUAAUGAUUGAGCACAGGUGACCAUAGGAUCAUGCAUAAUUGCAGUACCUUUCAUCAUUGAACAGCCUAUUAACUAUUAUUAAUUAAGUGUUGGCAUGAUAAGUAGACAAUUAGCUAAAGAACUGAACUCCUCAAAUGUGAUAGUCUCGUUCAAGACUUUAGACAAACCAUACUUGCAAUUGAAGGAAUAUGUUGCUGAUAUCAAACAAUGAGGAAAAUUUACUUACAAAAAUAUAGUCAAUCAUGAAAACUGUGCCACUUUUUUGAAAUACUUCAUAGAUGAGGAAGAAGUGUGUCACAUGAGAACAGCUGAAUAGAAUUUCUGCUCCAGCUACAUCAGAACCAAUUCUGUUCUUGUUGAAUCAUGAAAUAUGUUAAGUGCCAAGAAAGUGAUGAAAUUGUCAAGGGAGCCACAGGAGAACCACGGUGAUAUAAUGCUUCUACUAUGAUGUGAAAGAGGAUUCUGCAAAGAAAGCUCAUCAAAAGAAAUCCAGAACAAUCCAUGCACAGUACUCCAGGGAGAACCAGUUAGCAAUUGUGUACACAGCCUUCAGCUGCAGGAUUUGAUCAACUAUCAAACAUAGUUUUGACUGAAUUCCUGGCCCUAUCCUUCAUAAAAGUUCCAAAAGUUUACAGAGGUGGGUAAAAUUACAUUUUUGUGUUGGCUGGGUAGAGCAAAUUAUUAACAUCUCUCACAAUUUACGAUGUUUGAAUAUUCACUAAUCCUUAACUGCUCCAAUGACCAGAGUUAAGUUGUAUUCUGAAGGUUGCGAGCUGGGGCAGUUGUUUCUGUGCCACUGCGACUACUGCACCACCAGCGACGGCAAAUAUUAGAGCAGGGAGACUCAAAUGUUUUAAUGUUUAUUAGUUGUCAUUUUGCUGGUAAUCUCUGAUUGCGCUUAAAACAAGCCAUUUAUGUAUUAUGUGAAUUUGUUUCCAUUCUUUUGCUGGAGGAAUUCAGGUUAACAACAAAAAUGCUGUGUUGCAGCUGAACAGUAGAAUUGUUAUGCAAUCAAGACUGACUGCAAAUAUGGAAAUAUCUUGCUUUAAAUGUAUCCAGAGUUAAUUGCCCUUCUUUCAAUUCAAAGGCCAAUAGCUAAUUUAAGCUUUUGGCUGGAGAAACAGGGAAUAGAGAGGUCUAAGAAAUGAAGCACAGAGAAUGGGAAGGGGGUGGAUGGAAAUGAGCCAGAAGUGAGUAAUGUUACAUACCUCACGGAGAUCUGUGAUUUUUUUUUGUGUGAGAAUGAUGUAAUGGUCUUUUGGAGGUCACCUGAUGUAAGUUUCCCGCCGAUGUGAGGUCACGUGAUGACAUGUGCACCACGGGUAUAUAAGGGAAGACCUCAGAUGACGCAGUUAGUUUUUAGUUUUCCAGCUAGAACGUUAAUGUGUUUCCGUUUCUGUUGCGUAUUUAUUUUAUGACACAGUUUCAUUUUUAAAACGGAGUGUUACGUUCUGUUGCAAGGUACAAUAGUGCUGGAUUGGCAAUUUUUGCUGGAUGUGUUGAUGUAACUUUUUCCAGUAGUGUGGGAGAGUGAAGACUUUAUCGAAGUAGGGGACCCGAAGGAUGAAGAGAAGUUGGUAUCCUUUGGCAGUUUAACAAAGGAUCGACCUUAUUGAGUCUUUGUUAAAGUAGCGACCUGCAUCGAAGAUAACUCUUGCCAAAAGAGAAAGGAAGUUCAUGCAAAGGUUUGCUCUCUCUAAAAGAAAUUAAGGUCAGUUGUUUUAACAUAGAACAGUACAGCAUAGUACAGGCCCUUUGGCCCACAAUGUUGUGCCGACCCUCAAACCCUGCCUCCCAUAUAAGCCCCCACCUUAAAUUCCUCCAUAUACCUGUCUAGUAGUCUCUUAAACUUCACUAGUGUAUCUGCCUCCACCACUGACACAGGCAGUGCAUUCCACGCACCAACCACUCCCUGAGUGAAAAAACCUUCCCCUAAUAUCCCCUUGAACUUCCCACCCCUUACCUUAAAGCCAUGUCCUCUUGUAUUGAGCAGUGGUGCCCUGGGGAAGAGGUGCUGGCCAUCCACUCUAUCUAUUCGUCUUAUUAUCUUGUACACUUCUAUCAUGUCUCCUCUCAUCCUCCUCCUCUCCAAAGAGUAAAGCCCUAUCUCCCUUAAUCUCUGAUCAUAAUGCAUACUUUCUAAACCAGGCAGCAUCCUGAUAAAUCUCCUCUGUACCCUUUCCAAUGCUUCCACAUCCUUCCUAUAGUGAGGUGACCAGAGGUGACUUUUAUAGAGCUGCAUCAUUACAUUGCGACUCUUAAACUCUAUCCCUCGACUUAUGAAAGCUAACACCCCAUAAGCUUUCUUAACUACCCUAUCCACCUGUGAGGCAACGUUCAGGGAUCUGUGGACAUGUACCCCGAGAUCCCUCUGCUCCUCCACACUACCAAGUAUACUGCCAUUUACUUUGUACUCUGCCUUGGAGUUUGUCCUUCCAAAGUGUACCACCUCACAUUUCUCCGGGUUGAACUCCUUCUGCCACUUCUCAGCCCACUUCUGCAUUCUAUCAAUAUCUCUCUGCAAUCUUUGACAAUCCUCUACACUAUCUACAACACCACCAACCUUUGUGUCAUCUGCAAACUUGCCAACCCACCCUUCUACCCCCACAUCCAGGUCAUUAAUAAAAAUCACGAAAAGUAGAGGUCCCAGAACAGAUUCUUGUGGGACACCACUAGUCACAAUCCUCCAUUCUGAAUGUACUCCCUCCACCACCACCCUCUGCCUUCUACAGGCAAGCCAAUUCUAAAUCCACCUGGCCAAACUUCCCUGGAUCCCAUGCCUUCUAACUUUCUGAAUAAGCCUACCAUGUGGAACCUUGUCAAAUGCCUUACUAAAAUCCAUAUAGAUCACAUCCACUGCACUACCCUCAUCUAUAUGCCUGGUCACCUCCUCAAAGCACUCUAUCAGGCUUGUUAGACACGAUCUGCCCUUCACAAAGCCAUGCUGACUGUCCCUGAUCAGACCAUGAUUCUCUAAAU